GCUCCUGCCAAUGGGAAGCAGCAGCUCUGAGCCCCUCAUCUCCACGCCAUGAGCUGCCUUUGCCUCUGGGGACGCUGGAGCUGAGAGCCCCAAACCCAAGGGGAGGAGGAUGCUCCAGACCAGCAACUACAGCCUGGUGCUGUUCCUGCAGUUCCUGCUCCUCUUCUACGACCUCUUUGUCAACUCCUUCUCGGAGCUGCUCCGCACAGCUCCUGCCGUCCAGCUCGUCCUCUUCAUCAUCCAGGACAUCGCUAUUCUCUUCAAUGUCAUCAUCGUCUUCCUCAUGUUCUUCAACACCUUCGUCUUCCAGGCUGGGCUGGUCAAUCUGCUCUUCCACAAGUUCAAGGGGACCAUCCUGCUGUCUGCAGCCUACCUGGGGCUCAGCAUCUCCUUCCACGUGUGGGUUAUGAACCUGCGCUGGCGCGACUCCAGCCGCUUCGUGUGGACCGAAGGCCUCCAGACCCUCUUUGUGUUCCAGCGCCUGGCGGCCGUGCUCUACUGCUACUUCUACAAGAGGACUGCAGUGCAUCUGGGGGAUCCCCUCUUCUACCAGGACUCCCUAUGGCUGCGUAAGGAGUUUGAGCAGUUCCGGGGCUGAUGGUUCCCCUCCGGCUCCUCAGCACCUCCUGGUUCCCAGUGGGGCAGCUCCACCUCAGCCUCUCCGUCCUCACUGGUACCAGCACCUCAGGUGGAUGCCAGGAGCCAAUGGGAAUGCUCAUCUGCAUCCCACUGUGCAUCAGGAUGCAGCCGCAUCCCUUGCUGGGACUCAAGUGGUUUUGUAAUUAGUAAAGAAAUAAAUGAGCUGUGUUUUCCAAUGCUGAUCC